AUGGAGAUUCAGUGGCCGUACGAUCUGCGCGAGGAGGAACGUUACAGCUACCGCAAUGGCGUUCACACGCUCGAGGUCUACUCGACGGACAAGCCGCACACCAGGGACAGCCACACCAAGCCACGCACCGAAGUUCACAUAACGGGAUACGAUUACUCGUCGGGAGUGUGGCAGUUCGAAGGGCAGGGGUACGUGCCCCGCGGCACGUCCGGUGUGUGCGUAAUGCAGGUGUUUGGAGCGGGCACCGGCGGCCACGCGUCGACGGUGGCCAUUCGAGUUUACGACGGUGCUCUGGCUGCUUAUAGAUCCACCAUUGUUCCCGACAUCUACGACAGAUGGUUUAGGUUGAACGUGAUUCACGACGUCGAGGCGAGAGAAGUUGUUGUUUAUGUUGAUAGGGUUCUUGUUUAUCAAGGAGCGGAUCAUGGCGGGAGCUCUCAUUACUUCAAGUUCGGAGUCUAUGCUCAGGAUGGUGCCUCCGAUUACAUGGAGUCGCGUUGGAAGGGAAUCAAGAUAUUCAACAAGAAGUAA